CAAUUUGUUCUACACAAUACGAGGGCUUAUUGAUUAAUUAUUCCGCUAUUGAUUCUAUUUUGAACUUGUCAAUCUCUAUAUCAAAAUAAUUAGGGUUCCAUUUGAAUUUGAUUUCAUAUCUAUGUAAUUACUGAGAAGUGAUGGGGUUUGGAACUCGCUAGAGAUUGAAAUUCUGCCUUGACUGAAUCUAUAAAUCAUCAUGAAGAUUGGGUUCUAUAGGAAAUUAGCUAACUUAAACUAGAAGUCUUGUUUCAGAUUAUUCCUAGGUUGUUUAGAACUGUUUUGGCCUGUUUUUAGGCAUAUUAGAUUUUGAACAGGAUAAGAGAUAAUUCCUUGAUCAGCAUAUGCCUCUGAGGGACGUUUUCAACUUGGUUUUGAGUAUCCAGUUCACUUGUUAGUUGUUACAUUUUGAGCAGUUUCAGUUUCAACUUUCAUACACUCAUGGUAGUUCUAUUCUCAACAAUUUGACACAUUUGCAUCUUAAACUAGCCUAGGAUUGCUACUGAUAAGUAUUGGUUUAUCUUUUUGAACAAGAAUUCCAGCAUGACAAUCAUUAUUGCAGUUAGAAUUAUGUGAUGGAAGUAUGCUGGUCUGUUGUAGCAACUGUUCUGUAACCAUGGUAGCUCUGAUUUCAACGGAUUUGACAUCUUCACGUCUUGUUUUGGCUUAAGCUUUUACUUGUAGUAAAAGAGUUUUCUCCAACGAUUCGAAAUUGAUAUCAAGUGCUGCAAUCUGAUAUAUCUAGCUAUAAACUAAGAGUUAGGUAUCUUUGGAUUUGAUUGGGCUUCAGGGGUUAAGGUUUGAGUGCGGUUUGAGUGGCAGGUAACUGUGAUGUAAGUGGUGUCGACUUGGGCGAAGGAUAGAUUAACGUUUGGGUCGAGUAAAGUGUUUGGUUUCUGUAUAGGGAGAGAAUGGCAGACAAUACUGAAAAUCAGAGUUUGGAGGGUGGAUCUAGUCAGCAAAUUGGGAGUAGUAAUGUGGAGAUGUUAAUGAAGUCUAUGGCAUAUAUGAGGCAACACCAACUGUUAUUGGAAGAAAGGCUUGGAAUUUUGCCUCCAAGACAUAACUCAGGGGGUACAUGUAAGAUUUCAAAUCAAGGGGAUAUGAUUAUGCCGGCACAAAAUCAGAAUCAACCUGGACAGUUACUUCAGCAGUAUUUAAAACUCUCUCCAGAGGUAUUCAAUGGCAGUCCUCCAGAUCCCGAGAAAGCGGAAGAAUGGUUGCAAGAUGCAGAACAUGUUUUGGAACAUGUAUCCAAUGAUAGAGGUACUUGGGUUAAUUUGGUUACCUUCAAAUUUCGAGGACCAUCAGGGUAUUGGUGGAAUGCAGUAAUGAAAGUGGAAUGUGGAACAAUGACUUGAGAUAGAUUUAAGGAUUUGUUCAUAAACAAGUAUGUACCUGAUGCAGCAAGAGAUAGGAAAUUUUAUGAGUUCAUGGCCUUAACAAAGGUUGGUAUGUCAGUUAGCGCUUAUAAUGAUAAAUUUACAAGAUCGUCACGUUAUGGAGCAGAGUUGAUAGCCACUGAUGAGGCUAAAGCGAAGAAAUUUAUCAGUGGAUUGGAUCCCGAGAUGCGAACACAACUUUCAUGUUUACGAAUCAGGACUUACGAGGAUGCUUUAAAUCGGUCUCUUGACUAUGAAAAGGAAACGGAAGAUCAACUUGCAACACGGAUUAGAGAACGGCCGCAACUAUUUUCAGCAAGACAAGAUCCAGCAAAGCGGCCAAUGUUAUCAGCUCCUAAUCAGACAUUUUUCAGACCACCAGUAAGACCAUGGUCAUCAGGAUCAGCGUCAGUACCACCGACAACACGUCCACCUGCAGUUAGACCUCAACGGAGACGGAUACGUUUUCAGCAAGUACGUCCGGCUGCACCAACAAGUUAUAGUUCGAGUUCCUUCAGAUGUUAUGGCUGCGGUGAACGGGGUCAUCAUAGGAGGGAUUGCACAAAGAACCCAUCAUCAGGGUUAGCUCAACAAGGAACGGUAUAUGCAAUGGAAGCAGUAGUAACUUAUAAUCAAGAAACAUCAGAAGAGAGUCAAGUGCUUUAUACAAUGGUAGAAGGGGAUAGCUCGGCGACCGAUCGAGUGGUGGAAGGUAAAAUAUUAUUAUUCAAUCAUCUAGUUCAUGUGUUGAUUGACACUGGUUCUACGCAAUCCUUUAUUAAUCUAAACAUAGCAACUGAACUGGAGUUGGACAUGGCAUGUAACAACAAAACGUUAGCGUCAGCUACACCAUUAGGGAGAAAAACCUUUCCUUUUCGAAUUUGCAAGAAUUGUGUGAUGAUGGUUAAUGACCAAGAACUAACUGCAGAUUUGAUAGUGCUAGAAAUGUGUGGUUUUGAUGUCAUAUUAGGUAUGUUAGUAAUCUUUUCGAGGACGAAAAUUUCUGUAGGUAGGGUGAUUGUAGCGAUCCUGUGAUUUGUUUUUAUUAUUGUUUGAUCAGGGCACAACUAGUAAUAAUUGUGUUGCUUUUAUUUCAUUUUUUUUUCUCGGGAAAC